CAGCGGUUGGUCCGGUGGCUGGCCGGCCGUCGUGAAGGGGAGGCGGUUGCUCGCCGGCUGCGUCUCGCGGUCGUCUUCUCCACCUCCUCCUCCCCCCUUCCCUCGCGGUCGGCGCGAGCUACUGAGAGGGGGCCAUGAGGAGGCGGCUUCGAAAGGAGGCGGUGAUGGCCAUUGCUGCCGCGGCUGCCCGGCGCCUACCUCCGCCUCCUUUUCCCUCCUCAGCCCCAGACCACCGGGCUCUGUGCGCUUGCCAGCCUUAGGUGGGCCGCGGCGCCCAGCACCAGCAGCGGUGGGAGGCGGAGAGCGAGCUAGCGCCCCCCGCCGCCACCUUGCUUGUCCAACUGCCGUCCUCGAUGUCUCCCCCGCCGGGGGGAGCUCACCCCACCCGCGCCCCUUCGGCCCCUAGAGGCCCCGUGGGAGCCUGGCCUCAGCCUCCCGCUUCCCGAGGCUGCUGCCCAAACCAGGCACGACUCCCGAGGCGGCGGCCCAGCAGCGACAGAACCGGCCUGGUCGUCUCCCCCGCGGCGACCAUGAAGGCGGAAGCGGGGGACCACAUGAUAAACUUGUCGGUCCAGCAGGUGCUGAGCCUAUGGGCUCACGGUACAUCGCUUCGGCAUCUCACGGAAAUGUGGUACUGGGUUUUCCUAUGGGCUCUCUUCUCUUCUCUCUUUGUCCACGGUGCUGCAGGAGUGUUAAUGUUUGUCAUGCUGCAAAGGCAUAGGCAAGGGAGAGUAAUCUCUGUCAUUGUGGUCAGCAUUGGAUUUCUGGGUUCUGUAACUGGAGCUAUGAUAACCAGUGCAGCAGUGGCUGGAAUUUACAGAGUGGCUGGGAAAAGCAUGGCUCCCAUGGAAGCACUGGUGUUUGGAGUUGGGCAGACUGUACUGACAAUAAUUAUUUCAUUUUCAAGGAUUCUUGCAACACUUUGAAUCUUCUUGCUACACUUUUACUUUUUUUAUGAAAGUGUGUGCAUAAAAGGAAGCAGUCUGCAGUGAAGCUUUCCAGAAAUGGCUUCAGUAGCUGAUGGAUUGGAAUUACCAGGGAAAUGCAUGGUAUGUGGACUGCAAACUAGAGGUUCUAUCCAUUUGGAAAAUGCUUUCCUCUAGAGUCCAAAAAUGACACCCUACUGCACUGUACCUAAUGUGCCUCUGUCAUAGGCAAGGUGUGAUCCAUUAAGGAGAAGCUUGAGAUAAAUCACCUUGUGAAGCUGCUAAUCAGUCAAACAGUUGGUGUUGUGAUCAUUGUAUGUGAUGUUAUUAAAGAAAAUACAGGGGCAUUUCUGAAGAAUGAAUAAAUGUGCCAAAUGUGAAAUUGAUUUUUUAAAAAAAGAUUUAUAAUGUGACCAUUUAGAUGUGUAGUAAUUGAAUGCUGCAGAUAUAGUUUUAAAAAUUCAGGUAUAGCAGCUAGGUAUUUGCUUAUUAUUAAUUGAAUCCCAUUCAGUUCAGAACAUUAGCAUGGCCUUGGGAACAAAACAGUUGUGAACUGAUGUUAUAUGUGAGCAGAUUCAGUAGCUGAAGCAAAGCUCUAAUAAGGAUAUGAAUGCUGUUGAUUCAAAAUGAGAGCAUUUUAUGAAGGGGUUUAUGAGAUACACUGUAUUCACUAAAGCCAGUUUCAGUUAUUUAUUUCUAUACAUUUCAUAUCUUAUAAUUUAUGGUAUACCCUGUAGUCACACUACAGAUUUUGAAAAGUUGUAUAGGUGAAAUAAUACAAAAUGAAAUGUCUUUUAUGAAAUGAUCCAUUACAAAGCCAGUUUUAAUGAUCUCUAAAAUUAAGGAUUCACGAAUAUCAUUAAGACCAGUGGAAACCAAUAGUUUUGAAAAACUCAUGUUUACCAGAUUAUACUGAGACAGAUACGGAGAAAGGAAAGAAAGAAAAAACUGUUUUGUAUGUGAUUCAGAACAAAAUUAUUCUGUUAAGCUGUUAUAAUUUUAAGAACAGGACAGUUUAAUUUCCUUUUCAAUUUUGCAAUUUUUAUCCCAAAGGUGCUUUUCAAAAGACAACAGGGCUUUCUUGUUCUUUUUUUUUUUUUCCUUGAAAACAUUUCUUAUCCAAAAGAAGCAAAACAUUUUCAAGGGAAAAAAACCAAGAAAAUCCAGUUCCCUUUUGAAAAGCACCUUUGGGACAACUGUGAUCUAGAUAUUCAGGAAAUCUUCAUAGAAUUUUCCCAAUUUUUAGAUAGCUUGGGAGCAAAUAUAUGGGACUUUUAUCAGCUUAGCUUUGAAUAGUUCUGUUUGUGUGCUUGAACAAAAGCAAUAGUGGCGUGACUGCAGCUGUCUUUAUUAUAAAAUGUAUAAAAUGAAUAUCAGUAACAGAAAGUAUCUUAAUGGACCAAUAUGAGUAUUAGGAAGAAAUGACUAAAUUGUACUUUGUCCUGACUCAUAUCCUUUGCAUGUGCUGGUGUUUGAAAAAACAUUUGAAAGAGACUGUAAGUGGCAGUGGCUGAAAAGCACACAGUUUUACCAUAGAGGUUUAGGUACUUUUGUUGUCCAACUGGUUCAUCAUUCAUUCAUGCUCCUUCCUUAAAAAGUGGAAUUUCUAGCUAGAAAUUGGAACAAACAAUCCUGAUAUAUAUUGACAGUGGUAGUCUGUGUAUGUGUGUGUUUUCCUCCAUUAAGGAAGUACUGUGUGAAUUGAUCCUUAAAACAGAUUAAAAUAGGUAUUGUGUCUAUAUAUGCAUCUUUUAAAAAAAGAUAAAAAGACAGCUACAAAUUGUCAUGAAAAUAGAAUCAUACCCACAGCAAUAAUUAUUUGACAGUAAAGUUCUUUGCUCCAGAGCUUUUCUAAAUUUUGUGAUAAAAAUCUCAGUUUAUAUUCCUAUGUAUUGAUAUAUUAAUUUUCAAGGUUUAUCCUGGUCUAAAAGAGUUUAAAAGAAAUUUAUUGUUUAUCUUUUUGUCAUUCUUCAAAUAGUAAUGGUAGGCAGUUCUAGCAAGAAUGAAUCUAUCUGUAUGGAACUACUUCAUCAAUUGAUAGCAGAGCUCUCUCUGCAGUAGCCACAAAUAUAAAUUUUGUGCUCAUCCUGGGCUCUGAAUCAAGGUCAAAAGGCAGUGGAAAUAGCAUUACUACUGGGAAUUUAAUAAAAUAUAUUUUGUUGCAGCUAAUUUAAACUUAAAUACCAAGGUACAUUUAUUUAUUUAUGUAUGUAUUUAUUUAUUUACUAAAUAGACAGUAUUAUAAAAUGAUUUGGGGGGAUGGUAGUGCCUUGAGUAUAUAUUAGAACUAAUUUUUUAGUUUUUCUAUUUUUCUGCUGUUCUUGUCUAUUGAUGGAUUACUGUUUGGCAAUGUUGUAAUGGAUGUGGUAAGGAAGUUCCUAUUAAAAAGACAACAAAAAACGCAAUUGAAUACUAUUACCCCAAUUAAAGCCAUGAGGAUUGUUAAAGAAUUGGUUUAGUUGGAAGAAGAUUAUUUCUUCAAAAAUUUAUCAUUAGAAUCCUGCAUCUUAAUUUCCAUAUUUUAUUGAGCACCAAAACAUGGUAUAUAUGUAAUGCUGUUGUGUUUAUAUGUAAACUGGUUUGAUAUUUAGUGUUUGUGUACAAAUCUAAUGGUUUUAAAGACAAACAUUCUCAGGCCCCAGAACUAAAGACAGUUAUAUAGAUUGUAUUUGUAAAUUGCUAAUUAUAAAGAUUUUAGGGCUAUAUGCAGAAACAUUGUUAUGCUGGAAACUCAGAUGCUUCUUAUAUUUGUGAUUGCCUCAUCAGAUGAAACUACCAACAGUUUUCACAAAACAAAUUCUAUUGGUAUUAAAACUAGGCUGGGAAUAAUUCAUAUGAUAGUAGAAAUGCACUUUUUGUUAAAAUACUGCAAUAUAUUUAUUGUCCUCAGAAUAUGUUACAUAUUACUGUAACAUUGCCAUCUAAAAAUGGAUCUACUGGGGAAAAAAAAGAAGCAAAAUUACUUUACAACAGUAGGCAAUCAUAGAUAACCCCUAGUAAGAUUAAACUGAUGAAGUGUUUUGUAGAUAAAUCAUUGUAUAUGAUUAUGUUUGGGUUUUUUUGUAUAAAAGGAUGGUGAAUAGAACUUCUUACUGUUCUUGUUUAGUAAUGGAUAUUUAAAUAUACAUUUGAACAAUAGAUACCAUUUAGUGAAGACAUCGCUGGCCUCCCAUGCCUUUGAACAGAAUACAUCAAACUUGUAUUUUAAAGUGACUUCAGUGAUAGUUAUUUAUUGCUUUUAAAAUGGAUUUAUAUAUUAAAAACAGGAAUGAAGUAACCAAGGAAGUGUGUUUUAGAGCAAUAUUCUUUUAUAUUCAGAUGAAACAUAAGGAAAUGAUACAUAAGGAAAAUGCUUAUAUACUAGGACAAAUUUUCAUCUUCUGAAAAGGUUGAGUGUGUAUGAAUUCCUUGUAAGUUUAUGUUAGAGUGCUGUAGUUCAGGAUGAAAUGUUUUUUUGUAUGAAUGGUAUUACCAUAAUAUUUCCAGCUGCUGAAAAAGUGAAAGAACUAUCUAUGUUGUUCUCCAAAAAUGUCUUUGGACAAUUUUUUCAACUUCUUAAGAAAAAAUGCAGUGUAACAUUUCCGCAGUACCAGUAUUUGAACAUAAACAGUUAUUAACAACUGUUGGAGAGCAAUUGAAAAAUUCAUACAGUUCAAAAUAAAACUCUUCCAGGCCUUCCUUUUUUAAGUAAAUAACAUAGCUUAAGUUUGAAGAAAUAGUCUCUAAUGGCAUUCUAGACAUUCUCUUUAAUAUUACUUCAAUUAACAGGUUAAGUUGGUUUGUUUUAUAAACAUAUGGACCAAAGAGAUGGUUUAGUCUUUGUUGUAUUUAUUUGUAAUAUAGCAUUUUAAAUAUAUUUUUCUUGAGUAAUUUGAGGAAAGCAGGAGUGUUUCCUCUUUAGUUUGCACUUUGCUAUAUUUUGUUUCAGUAUGAUAAACUUAUUUCUACUUGAAGCUUGCAUAUUUUUGUUGUACUAUAGUAAAACCAAGCAAUCAGCUUUUGGUAUAAUUAAACAGAUUUUUAAAAUUA